AUGGCUUCCGCGCUUAGGGCGUCGCUGGCGCCCGCGGGGCUCGGCGCGGCCGCGCUCUCCGCAUCUCCGAUCGGCGGGAGAAAAGAGCACCUCGGCGCUUCUCUUCGCGCGUCCACCGCCGGGUCUCACGGCAGAGUGACCAUGGCGUUGCGCGCGCGCCGCGACCCGCGGCUGAUCGCGCCGGUAAACGACAAAUUCCUCCCGUGGCUGGCGGACGUCGCGCGGUCCGACGAGGGGCGCGCGCAGAUCUCCGACGCGGCGAGCGGGCGGUUCGACGGGCCGCCGCUGCUGGACCUCGCCGCGGCGAAAAUGGCGGCGACGCAAAUGGCGGCGCCCGCGCAAGUGGAGCGCGGGGGAGGUUACGGCGAGCACCGGCCGCGACGCCCGCCGCCGGAUCUGCCGUCGCUGCUGCUGAACAGCCGAAUCGUCUACGUCGGCAUGCCGCUGGUCCCAGCAGUGACAGAGCUGGUGAUAGCGCAGCUGCUGUACCUGCAGUGGAUGGACCCGCGUCAGCCCACGUACGUCUACCUCAACUCCACUGGAACCUCCCGCGCUGACGGCGAAACGGUGGGCAUGGAGACAGAGGGGUUCGCCAUCUACGACACCAUGAUGCAGAUGAAGAACGAGAUGCAAACAGUGGGCGUGGGGGCGGCCAUAGGCCAGGCGUGCAUGCUGCUGGCGGCGGGGGAGAAGGGGCGGCGCUUCAUGCUGCCACACGCCACCGCCAUGAUCCAGCAGCCACGCCUGCCCUCCACGGGACAGAUGUCAGCCAUUGAUGUGCACAUCCGCGCCAAGGAGGUGGUGAACAACAGGGACACUCUUGUCACGCUCCUUGCCCGCCACACAGGCAAUUCAUUUGAGAAGAUAGCCAAGACGAUGGAGCGCCCGUAUUACAUGAACCCACAGAGGGCUCUCGAGUUUGGAGUGAUUGACAAGAUCCUGUGGCGAGGCCAGGAGGCCAUGGCGAAGACACUGUCAGCGGAGGAGUGGGACAAGGGGGCCGGCAUUCGCAUGAUGGAAAAGCCUGCUGCGCCCACUGCCUGA